UCGUUUCACUUUGCUGCCUACUUCCCUUGCAAACAAUGCGGGAGGAAGCGGAGGAUGGACUUGGAUAAAAGCAUUAAUAUUGAAAAAAUAAUGACAAAUGAAAAGCCUGAACGCUGUGGGAUUUCCUCCCCUGAGUGAUGCAUGGAUUGCUUUCUGCUCCGCCCUGCUGUGGGGCUGGCCACCCGUGACCCCACUGCUCACCCCGGGGUGCCCCACGUGAGACGGGCAGCGGGAAACAAAUGCGGCACCGGGGAGGGGGUGGGCCACAAAGUGUUAGGGAGCAGCCGUCUUCAGAGGCACGCAACAUCCCUGCAAGGGCUUCUGGCUGCUGCAGCUGCAGGACCCCAUGGCUACUUACAAGGUGAAGGUGGCGACGGGUGAUGUCCUUGAAGCUGGGACCGUAAACAGCAUCUACAUCACCUUGGUGGGGAGUCGAGGCGAGAGCCCAGAGACAAUGAUGAGCUACAAGUUCCGGCCAGGAACGGUGAAGGAGCGGACAGUGAAGUGCGAGCAGGACCUGGGUCCCAUUGUGCUAGUCCGCCUGACCAAGUCACGGCUCUUCCUGGAGGAUGCCUGGUUCUGCAACGAGGUGCACGUGACAGCCCCCGAUGGCACAGCCUAUCGCUUCCCCUGCUACCAGUGGCUGGAGGGGAAGACUACCCAGGAAUUCCGUGAGGGCUCAGGGAAAAAAAUGGCAGAUGAUGACCUGGAGAUUCUCAGGGAGCACCGGCGCAAGGAACUGAGGGCACGGCAGGAGGCUUACCAGUGGAAGAGUUACGCUGAAGGAUGGCCCCGUUGCCUCAACGUGGACUCCAUCUUUGACCUGGACUCAAACGCACAGUUCUCCUGCACACGAGCCAAAUCCUUCAAGGGCCUCCUCAUCUACCAGGGAGCCACACACCUCCUGUCAGGUUUCCUGGCCAGACCCAGGUCCUGGAGAAGCCUGGAUGAGAUGCGGACCAUUUUCUCCAGGACAAAGGGCAGGGACAUAGGUGCGUGCCUUGCCCUCCCCUCUUCCUCUUCCAAAUCGGGAGCAAACAGGGAUGGGGCACUGACCUCAAGGCAUCUCCUAGUCCCUGAGUACGUUGCAAGCCACUGGCAAGAGGAUACCUUCUUUGGGUACCAGUUCCUCAAUGGCAACAACCCCAUCGUCAUCCAGAAUUGCACAGUACUGCCAAAAAAAUUCCCAGUAACGCAAGAGAUGGUGGCUGGCUCCCUGGGAGGGGGUACCACCUUGAGCAAGGAAAUGAAGGAGGGACGCAUCUUCAUUGUGGACUACGAGGUGCUGCAGGGCAUCCCAGCAGGCACCAUCCACGGGCGGCAGCAGUACGUGGCAGCCCCGCUCUGCCUGCUGCACCAGGAUGCCAAUGGGAGCCUGCGCCCCAUUGCUAUCCAGCUCAGCCAGACGCCCGGGCCCACCAGCCCCAUCUUCCUGCCCAGCGACGACGAGUGGGACUGGCUCCUGGCCAAGACCUGGGUGCGCAACGCUGACUUCUACAGCCACCAGGUCAUCACCCACCUUCUUCGGACCCACCUCUUCGGGGAGGUCUUUGCCGUCGCCACCCUGCGCCAGCUGCCCACCUGUCACCCAUUCUUCAAGCUACUCAUCCCACACUUCCGCUUCACUCUGCACAUCAACACGUUGGCCCGGACCAUCCUCAUUAACCGUGGCGGUGUCAUCGACAAGGGCUCAGGGGUUACCCACGAGGGACUGGUGCUGAUUCUUCAACGGGGCUUGGAGAAGGUUACCUACACAUCACUCUGCCUCCCCGACGACAUACAAGCCCGUGGCGUCUCCUAUAUCCCCAACUACCACUACCGGGAUGAUGGGAUGAGCCUCUGGGAGGCCAUCAAGAGGUUUGUCUCCGGAAUUGUGGCUUUCUACUAUAAAGACAAUGCAGCGGUGCAAAGUGAUGUGGAGCUGCAGGCUUGGGUGAUGGAUAUCUUCACCAAUGGCUUCCUGGGUCAGACGUCCUCAGGCAUCCCCUCCUCGCUGAAGACAGUGGCGGAGCUCAUCAAGUUUCUCACCAUGGUGGUAUUCACUUGCUCAGUGCAGCAUGCAGCUGUCAACAACGGACAGUACGACUUGGGCGCCUUCCUACCCAACGCACCAUCCUCCAUGCGCCACCCGCCGCCAGAGGAGAAGGGCAAGGCCUUCCUCCAGCACUUCCUGGACACUGUCCCCGAAGUUGACACCACUGCCAACAUCCUGGUGGCUCUCAUCCUCCUCAGCUCCCGCCUGGAAGACAUUAGGCUCCUGGGACAUUAUCCAGAGGAGCGUUUCACAGAGGCGGAACCCCGGCGGCUCAUCAGGGCUUUCCAAAGGGAGCUGGAAGACAUCCGCGACCGCAUUGAAGAGAGAAACUACAAGGCCGAGCUGAGAUACAAUUACAUGAACCCACAGGAGGUCGAGAACAGCAUCUCCAUCUGAGCUCCCAGGCACACCUAGCACCUGAACACCAGCAUGCCCAACUCCCAACACCAGGAUACCCUCAGCGCCUAGCACACAUAAGCACUCAGAACUAAGAGCCUCUAGCACCCAGCUAUCAGCACACCUUGCGCUCAGCGCACGCAGUACGCAGAACUCAGCGCCUCCGGCACUCCGUGCACCCAGCAUCUGAGCACCCCCAGUACCUAGCACCUCACGACCCAGAAUCCAAAACCCAAACAUCCCCAGGACUCAGCAUCCUCAGCACCAAGAGCUCAGCACCCACAACACCCAGCACCCGCCCUCAGAAGUCCCAGCACGUGAGCAACCAGCACACCCAGCACACAGAGCCUAGGCACCCCCGGCACCCGCUUCUUCAAUAAAUGACAUCUGUCAAUCAAACUCUGUGUGUCCUGUUUCAAGUGCAAGUGUCUGACCGCUUCGGGGCUAACCAAAAGUUAAAGCGUGUUACUGAGGACAUUGUCCAAAUGCCUCUUGACCACUGACAUGCACGAGGCAUCAACCAGCUCUCUAGAAAGCCUGUUCCUGUGCUGAUCACCACUGCAGUCAAGGCAUUUUUCUGAAUUAUAGAAUCAUAGCAUGGUUUGGGUUGGAAGGGACCUUUAAGAUUGCCUAGUUCCAACCCCCUGCUAUAAGCA